AACAAGUGUGACGAACUGUGUCGGGUUGGACAGGGUAAAGAUAAAGAGCUUGAAACGAUUACAAAGCAAAGAGAGGUUAUUGCGCAAGAGCUACAGAAAACCACAGAGGAACACCGGAUUAGGUUUGAUAAUCUAACAGAAAGUCUGACAAAAAUGGAGAAUGAGAAAAUGGAGAUAACCGAGCGAAAUGCACUCAUCGUGGCAGAGAUAUCACAGAAUUUAGAGCAAAUGGAACGCAGUAAAAAAGAGGCCGAGUCAAAAAUCGUCGCGAUGAAUAACAAAUUAAGUGAGCUGCAAAACGAAAAGUAUGAAACACAAAACGAUUUAGAGGUGUGCCGGGCGAAGAUGCGUGAAAUGCAGCGUGUGAUUGCAGUUUUGGAAUCCACUCAAUCGGUCACCACUACCAAAGAGAAAAACAAUAAUGGGCUGUACACAUGUCCACUGUGCAGUGAACAGUUUGAGUCUCUUGCAAGUAUGCAGCUCCACGCCGAAGACUGUGGCUAG